CUCUCUCACACACACGAGAAAUGGUAGAGAAGGCCAUCUGUAGAAAAACCACCAUUAGUCCAUUUCCUUCUCUUUUUUCUCUUUCUCUCUCUACCGUAUUCUCAUGUUCACUGAAAGAAUGUGGUUUCAUAAGACCCAUUGAGAUAAAGACGAAGAAUCUUUUCCAGAUUACAUUCAAAGAUCACUAGAAUCUCAUAAAACCUAGCUCCAUCUCAAACUCUGUUUAAAGGGACAUGCUUUAAUUUAUUCAAGAAAUCCUUUUUAUUUUAGUUUUUUGUUUCUGGGUUUUGGAGCGCCAUGGCUGCCGACCUUGAAUUUUCUCGUGAACCGGCGGUGAUAUCUACAACGGUUCAUUCAUCAUCGCUGAACGAUGACCCCAACCCAGUUGAGGAGAAUCCAAAUGUCGACUCUAAGGUUUCGGAUUUGAAAUCGGAGCUGAAAAUGCAACAACUUGUCGAUGCGUUAUCCAACUUGAAUCCGAUGGCGGAGGAGUUCAAACCUGCGGCGUACUCGCAUGAUCGCAAUCACGAUCAAUUUGCCGUUAACUAUUUCGUACCUGUUUCCAAGUUUGUGGGUAACGAAGGUUUAUCUAUCAAUCGGAGGAGAAGGAACACCUCUAAUAAUGGAAGGAGAAAGCCAAAUGGUAGGAUACUUCGAGCUCAAAGAGAAGAUUGUAUCAGACGAACCGUGUAUGUUUCAGAUCUUGAUCAACAUGUCACUGAAGAGCGGCUUGCUGAUUUAUUUAGUCAGAACUGUGGAUCAGUUGCUGAUUGCCGAAUUUGCGGUGAUCCAAACUCACGUCUUCGUUUUGCUUUCGUUGAGUUCGAUGAUGAGCGAAGUGCAAGAUAUGCAAUUCAUCUAACUGGGACUCUCAUAGGUUUCUAUCCUAUUAGGGUUCUACCGUCAAAAACUGCUAUUCUUCCUGUGAAUCCUACAUUCCUUCCUAGGUCAGAAGAUGAAAAGGAGAUGUGUGCAAGGACUGUAUAUUGCACGAAUAUUGAUAAGAUUGUCUCACAGGUUGAUAUCAAGAAUUUCUUUGAAUCAUCUUGUGGUCAGGUUUCUCAACUAAGGCUUCUGGGUGAUAAUGUCCAUUCAACAUCCAUUGCCUUUGUUGAAUUUGUAAUGGCAGAGAGUGCCAUUGAGGCAUUGAAUUGUAGUGGUAGUCUUUUGGGAACACAACUCAUAAGGGUGAGCCCUUCAAAGACGCCUGUUAGGCCAAGCAUGGGGAAACAAAAUGAUCAGAACACACUAACAAAUGGAAAUUUGGCUUAGAUAAAUCUUACUGUUGUUCUAAACCAAAAGCUUUCAUUGGUUUUGAGGUUCUUUUUUCUUUUCCUUUCUACUUGAGAUACUGGUUUGGCCGCCGCUUCAGUUGGAAACUCGCUGUGCUAGAAGAUGUCCCGGGUAAAGUUUAACUUAAAAAAACUGGCCUCCUCUUUUUCUCUAACUUUGAUGGAUUACAGUUUGUGUUUGAUUAAAUAGUAACAUAAUUGUGGUGAAAACUCUCCAUCACAGCUUUCCAUCUAUUGGUAUACUUAUUUAUGACA